AUGCGACCACCGCGCGUGCUCGGUCCGACACAGCUGUCUACAAUACUCUUACUAACUCUCAUAACAUACGCCAACUCGCAAACUCAGAAACAUUUACUGUGCAAGCAGCCAGGCACACAAAACUGCAUCUUGUGGCUGUUUAACUUGGAAGGUGACCAAAUCAGCAUAAAUGGCCAAACAACGACCAAAAUAUCUCGUAACUGUGGUUUAACCGAGAAACAAUUUGUUUCUUCUCAUGGAAAAUUAAUUAAGGUCAGACAAAUAGAACAAAAAGCACAAUUGACAAAAAUAUUCUGCAAGAAAGUGAUCUUAAUUAGCCGUUUCUUUGAUUGGAAGGAGGUAGAAAACGCUUUAGACAUUACAACUAGAGUUCGUCGUCAAAGUUUUACUCCCAGAGGAAGAUAUCGAGGACAAACUCAAUCGCAGUAUUUAGCAGUAGACAGAGGCAAUGGCAAAGAUGAAGGCCGUGCUGAAGCUCUUUCAGCUGCAGAUUCUUCGAGAGCUAGCGUCAGUGGCAACAGCGGCAUGGGUCAAGCACAAAGUCAAUCAAUAUAUGACCCUAAUUGUGAUGAUUGUUAUGGAAAGUCCAAUCAUGAAGUUGAAAAUCUAAAACGUCCUAAUGGAUAUAAGCCAGGAGAGACUGGAUAUGCCCCAAAUUCGGGAUCAACUUGGCCAACUCUUGCUCAAAACGGUGGUUACAAUCCAACUGAUGGACAACGAUAUGUGCCAGGACAAAACAUUCCAGAUGCUUUAGGUGUAGUACAUGAGCCAGGAUUACAUAGUCCAGGUAAUAAAAAUGUGCAAUCUAGUGGAACAGGGCCAAACGGACCAGGUACGAUAGGAAGUAACAAUUAUAGACCGAAUAGUGCACCAAAUAAUGGAUAUUAUCCGCAUAGUAAUGAAGGUACUAAUUUUGGACCGGGUGAACCUCCUGGAAAUAAUGGAUAUGGACCUACUGUAAGCACAGAUAGUAGGCUACCAAAUAGGUAUGAACCCAAUGCUAAUGGUAUUGACAAUAGAUAUAUACCUAAUGAAGCUACUGGAGGCUUUGGACCUGGCAGAAACCCAGGGUCAGGAGAUUACAGGGGAAAUACUCCGCAAGAAUCAGGUGGAUUAGGACCUGAUGGAUCAAGUGAAAGAAGCAAAUAUACACCAAGCAUAGAUACCAAUGCUCUUAGACCCAGUGGAUCCUAUGGAGGCAGGUAUAUCCCAGAUAUCAACGCAGGAACUAAUUAUUUUCCAAACAAAGGUCAACAACAAGGAGACAUUCAAACGAGCCCUGGAAAUUCUGUACCUCACAUUGGUAUUUAUAAACAAGGACAAACGCCUAAUCAAAUUGCAUCAGGUGAAUCAAACGGAAGCGAAAGGCCAGGUUCAUCAAAUACAGGAUACAAUCCUAGGCAAGUAGAUUUAAACUUUAGUCCUAAUGUAGGAAAUGGAGCCAUAGGAAAUCCAGUUGGACUCGGAUCAGGGCAAUCCAGUACACCAAAUACAAACUGGCCUGUCGCAUCAGGACCUUAUCAAGUACCUGGAGGAAAUGUUUACUGUUGUGUCAUUCCAAAUAACGGAAUGACUGGAUACAUGUAUCCAAAUAAUUUCGAGGCUGGAAAAGGGACGCCUAAUGUUAGUGGCGGAAAAACACAAUACUCCUUACCAGGACAACCAUAUGGGAGUAACAUUCCCAAAGUAAGCGGUGGUACCAAUAUACCUGGAGGACAAUAUAUACCUGGUGGUCAGUAUGGACCAGGAACAACCGGUAGUACUACUUUGCCGCAACAGUAUCAACCUGGCAAUAAUAGAGGCACUUCAGCGCCAGGAGGUCAAUAUGGUAUGAGUACCUAUCCCGGUGGACAGUAUAUACCUACUGGAAAUAAUAUUUUGCCAGGAGGACAAUAUUUACCUGGUAGUACGGGGGCUACCACAGUGCCUAUAAAUCAAUAUGGACCAACUGGUGGCAGUGGCCAAACAGUGCCUGAAGCCCGAUAUGGACCAGGUGGUGCUGGUGGCACUUCAUUACCUGGAGGUCAAUAUGGACCAGGUGUUGGUGGUGGCACUUCAUUACCGGGAAGUCAAUAUGGAUCAGGUUUAGGCGGUGACUCUAAUGUACCAGGAGGCCAAUAUGGACCAGAUGGCAGCGGUGGCUCUAAUGUACCAGAAAGCCAAUAUGGACCAGGUGUUGGCGGUGGCUCUAAUGUACCAGGAGGCCAAUAUGGACCAGGUGGCGGCAGUGGCUCUAAUGUACCAGGAGGCCAAUAUGGACCAGGUGGAGGUAGUGGCUCUUCUGUGCCGGGAGGGCAAUAUGGACCAGGUGGAGGUAGUGGCUCUUCUGUGCCGGGAGGGCAAUAUGGACCAGGUGGAGGCAGUAGCUCUGCUGUGCCGGGAAGCCAAUACGGUCCAGGUGGAGGCAGUGGUAUCUCUGUACCCGGAGGGAAAUAUGGGCCUAGUGGAGGCAGUAGUUCUUCUGUACCAGAAGGACAAUAUGGACCAGGCGGAGGCAGUGGCUCCUCUGGUCCGAGAGGGCAGUACGGGCCAGGCGGAGAUAGUGGCUCUUCUGUUCCGGGUGGGCAAUAUGGCCCAGGUGGAGGCGGUGGUGCUUAUGUGCCGGGAGGGCAAUAUGGGCCAAGUGGAGGCAGUGGCUCUUAUGUGCCGGGAGGACAAUACGGUCCAGGUGGCAGCACUGGCCCCUCUGUGCCAGGAGGGCAAUAUGGGCCAAGUGGAGGCAGUGGCUCUUCUGUACCGGGAGGGCAAUAUGGACCAGGUGGAGGCAGUGGCUCCACUUUGCCGGGAGGGCAAUAUGGGCCAGGUGGAGGCAGUGGCCCUUAUGCGCCAGGAGGACAAUACGGUCCAGGUGGAGGCAGUGGUUCCUCUGGUCCGAGAGGGAAAUAUGGGCCAGGCGGAGACAGUGGCUCUUCUGUUCCGGGGGGGCAAUAUGGCCCAGGUGGAGGCGGUGGACCUUACGUGCCGGGAGGGCAAUAUGGUACGGGCAGCGUUUACUCCCCUGGAUCAGAUGGGAACCAUGGCAAGACUCCUCAAGGAUUAUAUAACCAGGGAGGUCCAACCGGGCAAAGCACCGAUUACAAUGGAGUACCGCAGAAUUAUUUAGAUCCUCACACAGUCGCUGCUGAUGGAGAUGACUCAGAAGCUGAAGCUAAUGUUGCUCAAAAUGUAAAUGGAACUACAGCAAGCGCUUCUUCGAAAGGUGGAAAUGAGAAGGGUCGAGCGCAAGCAAACGUGCAAGGGACGUACACAGGAAGUGGAUCUUUUCAAGCACAAGCACAAAUUACUGGCGAUAAUAAGGAAGCUCAGAGUGAAGUUAGCGGGGGUAAAAAAGGAGCUUCGAGUUCAGCUUCCGGCAGUGGCAGAAAUAAUAAAUCCCAAGCAAACGUUCAGUUGGGUUCAGAAACUGGCUCUGUACAAACACAGUCACAAAGCAAUGGUGUGAUGCAUUCAUCGAACUCACAAGUACAAGGGAGUGUUAAAGGUGGUAUGGCAGAUGCACAAGCACGUGGACCAGGCAGUACAUCGUCUCAAGCUCAAAUAGGUUUUACACCUUACAAAGAUGAAGAUAAAGCUAAUCAUGAUCUUCAACGAAUUCCAUUUAUGGGCGGGGGGAUGGCAUCGGCACAAUCAAGUGGUCGAACCGGACAAUCUCAAUCACAGCUACACGGUACUUUUAAAUACGGAAUAACAUAUAAUGGAGCAGCCCAAUCAGGGGCAAGUUUAGAUAAAGAUGCUGUAUUUCCCAACAGACUUUCUUUUGAAAAAAUAGAUGUUUUUGACGAAAAAGAGAAAAAUAUUAAUGUAGAUAAAAUAAAUAUGGAUAUUACAGAAACACCACAAUCUUUGGAUUAUGAACCGCCGAUACCUGGAUCUUCAACGUUACCUGAAUCGUCCAACAUUAAAGAAAAAGUAGAAAUACCAACAACAGAAAAUGUUAUCGAUGAAUCGAUGAAAAAUUCUGAAAGCAGGUAUUCUGGCAUUUCUAACACUGAUCGUCAAACACCGGACUCAACCAACUCCACGUUGUCAAAUGGACCCACAUUGUUAGAUAGUAGGAGAUCUUUUAAAACAAAUUACGGAUCUAUGCCUGAUUACGAAUUCACCACUGACAAAGAAGAAACUCAGCCUGAAUACGAUACGGAUGUAGGUUAUGAAGGUGAUGGUAAUGAAGCAAGUGAUGUAGAGCAAAGCGAGUAUACUAACUAUGAUGAAUAUUCAAGAGAUUCACCGACACAUCAAUAUCUUCAAUACUCAAACAGAAAAGGGCUUGAAGUACAACAAACAACCGGCGGUAAUACUCAGCAUAUAGUAUUAGGAGCUUUAAAAGACCAAAAUGCAGAAAUAAUACAAAAAGACACAGAUCGUCCCGACGAAAGUAGAGUUUAUCAACCAGGUGAGCGAGUUCCAGGUACCGGUGGAUAUACAAUACCCGUCGGAUUUACUGGCAGUGUUAAAUCUGUUGCAUCAAAAGACAAGACUUACGUAGUAGGAUCAAAAGAUUUUCCAUCUCAAGCACAAACUGUUACAUUAACGCCAGGGAAGGGUAAAGUAAAAUAUUCGCAUCCUUCGACCUAUGGGAAGUAUGUAAAACCCAAAAACUUAAGAUCACUGCAGAGCGCGAAGGAAAAUGAUAACAAUAGAUACGUAUCAGUUUCAAAGUCCGUGACUCGUGCUCUCGACAGUGACAAUAACAUUCGCAAACAAUAUUCACAUACAUAUUAUACAAAGUCGUCCUCGUGCGGGUACUUCACGUUUACGUGUACCAUGGUGAGCAGUGCAGAAGGAAGAAAAAAAGUGUGCAAGCCGAAGAUGCCUACAAAUCCCGAUGGAACGCCAAUAAGAUGCUAA